AUGGCCGAAGUCGUAGAUGACAUAAUUAAAACCUUAAACGGAACAAAUGGUACGGACACGGAAUCUGUAAUAAAAAUAAUACCGGCCACCAUCGAAGGUAUGCUGAUUGCAAACACCAGUUUAGCGGUCAUGUCCUCAGUGCCUAUUUUCUUUGCCUCGUUCCGAUCAGUAGAACUACACAUUAAAAAUAAAAUGAAAAAAGAAAUACCAGAGUCCAUGGCAGAGCCCAUGACAGAGUCUAUGACAGAAAAAGGGGCUAUGAUGUUUCCAGUGACUUCUAUUGGAAAUAUCUUUAUGCUCUACAUCAUUAUUAGUAUAUUUUCUAAGGAACACAUAAAUCUAUUAGUGCCUUUAAUUUUUUAUCUUCUUGGAGUGGCAGCUAUAAGUGGUAUUUUAGGUACUAAAUUCUACACCAUGUUACCAAAAAGUAUACCUAAAACGAAAUACCAACUGCAGAUUACAGAAGGCACUGGUGAAAAAAAAUAUGAUUGGAUAAAUGUAAAAUUUACACUACAUGAUGUGUUAUUUUUUGUAUUGUGUGCAAUAUUAGGAACGUUUUGUAUAAUUAGCAAGCAUUGGAUUGUAAACAAUAUAUUUGGCUUGGUAUUUGCUAUAAAUGGAAUGGAAUUCUUACACUUCAACACCAUUAAAGUUGGAUGUAUCCUCUUAUGUGGUCUAUUUGUCUAUGAUAUAUUCUGGGAGUUUAAUAGCAACAUUAUGGUUACUUUGGCCGAAUCUUUGGAUGGUCCUAUCAAAUUUGUAUUCCCUCAGGAUUUAAUGGAAAAUGGUAUUUUGGAUGCUAAAAACUUUGCUGUGUUGUACUUAGACGAUAUUGUUAUCCCAGGAAUAUUUAUUGCAUUUAUGUUAAGAUUCGAUCAUAGCUUAAAUCGUAAGACAAAUACAUAUUUCAUUGCGACAUUUUUGGCAUAUUUUUUGGGAUUACUUACCGCUGCAUUUGUCAUGCACGUAUAUAAAUCAGAUCAUUCAGCUUUAUUAUACUCGGUACCUGCAUGUUUAAUUACUCCUAUAUUAUUGGCUUUAGUAUGUGGAGAUCUGAAAACUUUAUUCAGUUAUGAAGAUCAUAAAAUGGAACCAGAAAAUUGA